AUGGCUAGACCUGGUGGAGAAGGUCAACUUAGAAAUGUUGGAAUCGAACAAAUUCAGUAUAAAAGAGUGAACUGCAACUUUCCCGGAGCAACCGUGUCAUUCCGGGUCGACCCGGGUUCCAACCCGAACUACUUCGCGGCCGCAAUCGAGCACGAAGACGGAGAUGGGAUCGCCGGAGUUGAGCUGAAACGGGCGGGGUCAGGGGGCACGUGGAUCAAAAUGCAGCCGUCGUGGGGGGCUGUUUGGAAGGCCGAUUUGCCAAACAACUACCCGGCGCCCUUCUCGGUUCGGCUUACCGGAAAUUCGGGGAAGAAGAUUGUGGCCAACAAUGUUAUUCCUGCCAAUUACUCGCCCGGGAAAACUUACAGAUCAGUUGUCAAUUUUUAA